GAGCUGGAGGACCUACAGGAACCAGACCUCAGGAUUGUUCUUGUUGGGAAAACUGGAUCUGGGAAAAGUGCAACAGGAAACACCAUCUUAAGAAAGAAGGUUUUUCUAUCUAAAGCAUCUCCUUCCACAGUGACAGCAGAGUGUCAGAAGGAAACAGGAGAGUUUGAGGGUAAAACUCUGGCUGUUGUUGAUACUCCAGGUCUGUUUGACACCGGUAGAGACGGAGAUAAAGACAAAGAGAGGGUGAAGAUAGAGAUGGUUAGAUCCAUCUCAUUAGCUGCUCCUGGUCCUCAUGUGUUCCUGAUCGUGAUCCAGGCCGGCAGAUUCACAAAAGAAGAACAAGACACAGUGAAAAUCAUUCAGAAGGUGUUUGGAGAAAAGGCAGCAGGUUACACCAUGGUGCUGUUCACACGUGGAGAUGAUCUGGAGAAGAAUAAAGUCUCCAUAGAAACAUUAAUUAGUAGAAAUAAAGAUCUUGGUGGCUUCAUCAGUCAGUGUAGUGGAAGACACCAUGUGUUCAACAACAGAGACAAUGAUCCUUCUCAAGUCCAUGAGCUGCUGAAGAAGAUCAACUCAAUGGUUCAGAGAAAUGGAGGAAGUUACUACACCAAUGAAAAGCUCCGACAGGCUGAGAGAGCCAUAAGAGAAGAGAUGAGACGACUCCUGAGAGAAAAUCCACAAAUGAUGCCCAAAGAAGCCAGAAGAAAGGCGGAGAGAAAAAACUGGUUUAUACGGGCCAUUGCACUGGCUGCUCCUGCUGGAGUAGCUGUUGGGGUAGGUGUUGGAAUAGGUAUUGAAGUAGCUGUUGCAGCAGAAAUUGGAGCAGCUGUUGGAGCUGCAGGGGCAGCUAUAGCUGUAGCAGUGAAGAAGAAGAAGGAGGCUGAUGCAGCAGCAGCAGAAGCUGCUUCCAGCCGUAAUAAACUGGACCUGAAGGAAAACUAAUGAUGGAAACAGAGUGUAACUUUAGUUUGAUCUUGUUUCUUUGUUCUGCCUCUUCACUGAAUGUAUGGUCUUUACCAGCAGGUAGCUUUCUGCUAAUGUUAGACAUGAUGAGCAUUUUAGUUUCACUGAUCAUUAGUCAUUAUUCAUCAUGGGACUGAUGGGAACUUUCAACUCUUUAGUCCAGAACAAUCCACAGGUCAGAUUGUGUAACAUGUGCUGCUCUUGAUUUGCUUGAAUGAAAAAGGUGAAAGGUUUUAAUAGAGCUUGUUUUCUUGUGCUGUCAGAGGAGGUGUUGGAAAGAAGGAAAGGUUUUGACUGGAAUGAAGCAGUUUGUAGAAAAGCAGUGAGAUGUUUCUGUGUUGAUAAAGUGUGAGCUUUAAAGGUCCAACAACACUGACAUGAUGCUUCAUAUAUCACAUCUACUUUAUCUGUCUGCUAACAUGUUAAUAAACAGAAAUAUGACAAAUGA